AUGUUUCUAUGUGUUUUGCAAAUCAGAAAGGCUGUUACUAACGAGUUCAACGUUUUCCAAGUCGCAUAUGUUACAAGAUAUGCUGCGUCUACCUAUGUUGGUUUAGUUUUUUUGGAACUAGCUAGAAAAUGGAACAAACUAAUGAGGAAAUGGAAAGAAGUGGAAGAGGAAAUGAAAAAAUAUGAAUUUCCUAAGAAAUUAAAUCGAACUAUCGCAUCCUCUAAUGUCUGUAUCGCGGUAUCUGGUCAUGUAUCACGAGUAAAAAGUGUGACGUCUAACCCACCUCAGGGAGUACGGAUAUACCACCGACUGCUCUACGAAGGAUUUUUGCUCCAGAGAAAGCAAAAGCGAAAAGACUCCUCGAAAAAGGGGAGAUUAAAGGAACCAAGAAACAACCUGGCGCAUCUCCACCAAAGGGCAAUGGAAGAGCGAGAGGGUACUCUUACCUCUGCUAGAAGAGAAAAAGCCAGGAUAGAAAGCCGUCCAACACCGGGAGUGGAAUAUUUUUUACAUCAAGCCAGUCGAAUUUACAGAGUAGCUGAAUGUCAGGAAGAUCAAGAAAAAGCUAUAAAGUUCUUUUUCAGUAAUCUUACAUUAUCGCACGUUUUUAAAUAUAUUCCAUAUAGUAUACCAACAAGUUUAGUUUUUCAAUAUUGGCUUUUUCAAAUCCACUUUGCUUUUACUUACAUAGAUCUUUUUGUAAUGAUUAUAAGUCUGUCCUUAGCAAGCCGCAUGAAGCAGGUUACUACAAAUAUAAAGAAAACUUCGAAAAAAGAGAUUGCUGAUAUAGAAGCUUGGCACCAACUGCGAGAAGAUUAUACACGAUUAAGCAAUCUUUGCCACAGCGUAAAUGCUACGAUAUCAAACGUAAUCUUAGUUUCCUUUCUACCAAACAUAUUUACAAUUUUAACACAAGUCUACAACAGUUUAAAACCUAGACAAAAUUACGUAGAAGCAAUUUACUUCUACUUUUCUUUGGUCUUUUUAAUAUCGAGAACAGCUAUGGUCGUCAUUUGCGGAGCAACAGUAUAUGAAGAAAGCAGAAGGCCUUUGAAUAUUUUGAAUUCGGUAUCUCCUAAAGUUUACAAUAAGGAGAUUACUAACCAAAACGUUUGGAAGUCUAUAAGAGAAGAUUAUGUCCGACUCGCAAAGUUAUGUGAUCUGAUUAAUAAGCGUCUCUGUUGGCUCAUUAUAAUCUCUUAUCUUACUAAUAUCUAUCACAUUCUGGCACAACUGUUUAGCAGUUUGAAACCGAUGGAUGACACUUUCCAAAAAGUAUAUAUUUAUGUUUCUUUUUUCCUACUGAUUCUUCGGGUCACGCUAGUCUGCUUCUUUGGUGGAGGUGUAUAUGAAGAACAUGGAGAAAUAGUAAAGGUCUUAACAGCUGUACCAUCAUCAGCUUAUAACAUGGAAGUCGAACGAUUUGUUUCACACCUUACAACUUCGGAGAUAGUAUUAACUGGAAGACACUUUUUUAAAAUUACCAGAAAUCUUAUUUUAAAGGUUGCUAGUGCUGUGGUUACCUACGAAUUGGUACUUAUACAAUUUAACUCAAAGGAGUUUAAAAGAAAGAAUUAA